ACGAAAGCAUUCGUUUUUUCGUCGGCUCGUUAUUUCCACUCCGUCGCCAUCCCAAUUGUUGUGCUGUCAAUUUGUAAAUGAUUUAAUAAGUGACAAACUAUCCUAUAUCAUCAUGGAUGAAUUAGAGAAACUCGAACACCUGUCGCUUGUUUCUAAGGUGUGCACAGAAUUGGAAAACCAUUUGGGACUCAACGAUAAAGAUCUGGCAGAGUUCAUUAUCGCAUUGGCCGAAAAACACAAGACCUUUGAUGAGUUCAAAAGUGUAAUGCUGGAGAAUGGCGCCGAGUUUUCAGACUCUCUCAUUGCAAAUUUGCUUCGUCUUAUCAAACACAUGAAAUCAGCCAACUCGAAAACAACUGAUGUGAACUUAGCCCAGGUAAAGAAAACAGUUUACAAUGCAGAAACAGAGAAGAAACGAGAACUCUUCCCUGGUCUUGCCUUAGCAGAUAACCCUAAGGCAAGAACAAUGCUUCUCGAAGACAUAAAACUGACUAUUAAAGAUGUUGAAGAAGCUAAUGAUUUAAUGGCUGAACUAGAAGCCAUGGCUCCUAAAGAAGAAAAUAUUUCUACUGAAGCAAUCAAGCCUGUCCAGGAAAGAGCAAGGAGUAAAGACAAGAAGGAAAGAAGCAGACGUUCAAGAAGCAAGGACCGCAGCAGAAGAUCAAGAAGCAGAGACCGCAGCAAGAGAUCCAGAAGCAGAGACCGCAGUAGAAGGUCAAGAAGCAGAGAUCAAAAGAGGAGAUCAAGAAGCAGGGACAGAAGUCACAGGUCCAGGAGUAGAGAUAGAGGAGAUCGAAACAGAACAAGUGAUCGCCAUCAUGAUAAGAGAAGUAACGAAGGCAGACGAGAAUCCCCAAGUCGAAAGAAACCUCAAAAAGAUUUUCCAGAGAAUCCAGAAGUGGGAAAUGUCUACGCGGGAAAAAUCAUGAAUCUUGCAGCUUUUGGUUGUUUUGUACAAAUUGAAGGAAUACGGAAAAAAUGUGAGGGUCUAGUGCACAUCUCCCAGUUGCGACGAGAAGGCCGUGUGAAUAGUGUGGCUGAAGUUGUCAAUCGUGGAGAUAAGGUCCAUGUCAAAGUCAUGAGCAUUGCUGGCCAAAAGAUCUCUCUUUCUAUGAAAGAUGUGGACCAAGACACUGGCGAAGAUUUGAACCCAGCUCCUUCGACAUCAAGCCGCCCUGGACUAACGAGCCAGGAAAGUGAAACAGCUUUGAGGAAUCCAGAUCGACCUCUCUCAUUGCUAGAUUUGAAGGCAAACGUAGAGGAGGAUGAACUAACCAACCGCAAGCGUGUUCAACGGAUUUCGUCUCCUGAACGCUGGGAACUGAAGCAAAUGAUGGCAGCAAAUUGUAUCGACAAAAUGGACUUGCCCGAAUUCGACGAAGAAACGGGUUUACUACCAAAGCUGGCCGAAGACGAAGAAGAUAUCGAAAUUGAGUUGGUGGAAGAAGAGGCACCCUUUCUUCGAGGUCACGGUCGAGUGCUUAAUGAACUCAGUCCGGUUCGUAUCGUCAAGAAUCCCGACGGUUCUCUAGCUCAAGCCGCCAUGAUGCAAGGCGCUCUUAGCAAAGAACGCCGCGAACAGAAAAUGUUGCUCAGAGAAGAACAAGAAGCAGCUGACGCACCGGCUCAAGGCGCCAACAAGACCUGGAUUGAUCCCAUGCCGGAUGCUGGGGCUGCACCGUCAACGUCGUUGGGUCGCGGAACGGGAGCCCCUGUAUACGACAUGCCCGAAUGGAAAAAGCACAUCACUGGUGGACCGAAAGGAGCCUCUUUCGGCAAGAAAACGAGCUUGUCCAUCGUCGAGCAACGUCAAUCGCUUCCCAUCUACAAACUCAGAGAUGAACUGAUCAAAGCCGUCAAUGACAACCAAAUCCUAAUUGUCAUCGGUGAGACGGGCUCGGGCAAAACUACGCAAAUCACUCAAUAUCUAUCCGAGUCCGGAUUCACGGCUCGUGGAAAGAUCGGCUGUACGCAGCCUCGUCGUGUGGCCGCCAUGAGUGUUGCCAAGCGAGUUUCGGAAGAGUUUGGUUGUCGUCUAGGACAGGAAGUUGGAUACACGAUUCGUUUUGAAGAUUGCACCAGUCCCGAAACUUUGAUCAAGUACAUGACGGAUGGUAUGUUGCUGCGUGAAUGCUUGAUUGAUCCCGAUCUGCAAUCGUAUUCCUGCAUCAUGUUGGACGAAGCUCACGAAAGAACUAUUCACACAGACGUUCUUUUCGGUCUUCUCAAGCAAGCCGUCCAGAAGCGAGCCGAGCUCAAACUCAUCGUAACGUCGGCCACUUUGGAUGCCGUGAAAUUCUCGCAGUACUUUUACGAGGCACCCAUCUUCACCAUUCCGGGUCGAACUUUUCCCGUCGAGAUAUUGUAUACUCGGGAGCCUGAGACUGAUUACUUGGAUGCCUCGCUCAUUACCGUCAUGCAGAUCCACCUUAACGAACCACCGGGCGACAUUCUUCUUUUCUUGACUGGUCAGGAAGAGAUCGAUACUGCCUGCGAAAUUCUAUACGAGCGCAUGAAGUCCAUGGGCCCUGACGUUCCUGAGCUCAUAAUUCUUCCCGUCUAUUCCGCUCUACCGUCUGAAAUGCAGACUCGAAUUUUCGAACCGGCUCCACCAGGCUCCCGAAAAGUUGUUAUCGCCACCAACAUCGCCGAGACCAGUCUUACCAUCGACGGUAUCUACUAUGUCGUCGAUCCUGGUUUUGUCAAGCAGAAAGUCUACAAUUCCAAGACGGGAAUGGACUCUUUGGUGGUGACACCCAUUUCACAGGCGCAAGCCAAGCAGCGAGCUGGUCGCGCCGGUCGUACUGGACCUGGAAAGACUUACCGCUUGUACACGGAGCGCGCUUAUCGUGAUGAAAUGCUUGCCACGCCUGUUCCCGAGAUCCAGCGUACUAAUCUUGCUUCCACUGUCCUGCAACUCAAAGCUAUGGGCAUCAAUGACCUGCUCAACUUCGACUUCAUGGACGCUCCUCCUGUGGAGUCACUUAUCAUGGCACUUGAACAGCUGCAUUCCCUUUCCGCUCUAGACGACGAAGGAUUACUCACGCGUCUUGGUCGACGUAUGGCCGAAUUUCCUCUGGAGCCUUCUCUCUCCAAGAUGCUCAUCAUGUCUGUUCACUUGAUGUGUUCGGACGAAAUUUUGACAGUCGUGUCCAUGUUGUCAGUUCAGAACGUCUUCUACCGACCCAAAGAUAAGCAGCAGUUGGCUGAUCAGAAGAAAGCCAAAUUCAAUCAAGCCGAAGGAGAUCACAUCACUUUAUUGGCCGUUUACAAUUCCUGGAAGAACAACAAGUUUAGCAGUGCCUGGUGUUACGAGAAUUUCGUUCAGAUGCGUACCUUAAAACGAGCUCAGGAUGUUCGUAAACAGCUAUUGGGCAUCAUGGACAGGCACAAAUUGGACGUGGUAUCGGCUGGCAAGAAUACGGCUAGGGUGCAGAAAGCCAUCUGUUCGGGUUUCUUCCGUAAUGCGGCCAAGAAGGAUCCGCAAGAAGGUUAUCGGACGUUGGUGGACGGCCAGGUGGUCUACAUCCACCCGAGUAGCGCGAUCUUUAACCGGCAACCCGAGUGGGUCGUCUACCACGAAUUGGUUCAAACCACAAAAGAGUACAUGCGUGAAGUGACUGUCAUCGAUGCCAAGUGGCUGGUGGAGUUUGCUCCGGCCUUUUUCAGAUUCUCUGACCCGACCAAGCUCAGCAAAGUCAAACGAAACCAACGGCUGGAGCCGUUGUACAACAAAUACGAGGAGCCUAAUUCGUGGCGUAUUUCCCGACAGCGCCGACUGCGCCGGAAUUAGAAUUUUCCCUUUUAAAAUUUACGAUUGUCUGCAAUCAAUCAGAGUGACUUGGUCCUCUUUGUGUACGCAAUUACAAUUUGUUACAUACAAAUACACUGAUUUGAUGAUAUAA